AUGGAUAAUUUAAAUUUAAAACAUAUGAACGCAAUGCCAGGCGAAGAUAAUAAUUGGCGAACUCAGGCUUCGCGGCAAGGAAUUGUUGCUAAGAUUGAGGAAGUAAUACAGAGGUCAGGCAUGCAGGUAGCACGAAACAGCAGUGAGAUGGAAAACCAUGUUUUUAUGAAAGCAAAGACCAGGGAGGAAUAUAUGAAUAUGAUUGCUAAACUUAUUCUACAUGUUAGGGAGAUGUCUCAACCAAAGCAAAACCCCAAUGGACCUAACAUGCAAGGUCCAAACCAAAAUCAACCAAACAACCAGGUUCAAAAUCAAUCUGGCCCACCACCACAAGGAUCUAACAGUCAACCAGGUAUGGCCACAGAUCCCAUAAAUGCUUUACAAAAUAUGGCUUCACAAGGCACAAGAAAUCAAAUGAUGAACAUGGGUCAAGGUCAAAUGCAACAGCAGGGUGUCAUGGGCCCUAAUCCAGGGAUGGCCAUGCAAGGUCAAAUGGGACCACAAGGACCAAUUGUAUCACAAGGCGGGCCUCAGUCCCAAACAGCUACCAAUCUGUUACAAACCUUAAACCAAAGACCUCAACUAAAUAUGCAAAUGCAGUCUAAGCUCGGAGGGCCAAUGGGAAUGGUCCCUAAUCAAGGGCAAAUGGGUAGUAAUAUGGUUGGUGGGAUGGGUAUGAGUAAUUCUAUGUCGCAACAACAGAAUAUGGGAGCUGGAGGGAUGCAAUCAAUGAUGCCUAAUAUGUCCAUGUCAAAUAUGAUGCCAAUGUCUGGUGGAAAUAGUAUGGGUCAGAUACAGUGUAAUCAAGUUGUUGGUGGCAUGAGUGGGCAAAUGGUGCAGAAUUCCAUGCAGGGACAAAUGUCUAAUCAAAUGGGUGGAAUGGGUAAUAACCAGAUGGUGAAUAUGAACAUGCUUCAAAUGCAUGGUCGGGCUAGCGGCAAACCGGAUGUGAUGAUGGGCGGAGGAUACACACCCCGUGGACCGCCACCCAACCAGUUUCUACGUCAAAGUCCUUCCCCUUCAGCUUCUUCACCAAAUAUGGGUGGACCCAGUCCUGUCUCUAUGGGUGGGGGUGUGUUAACUGGAGCUCUAGCAUCUCCCAUGUCGACGUUAGGGGGCUGCGGUGGCGCCGCUGGUAGCCCUUCGCCCUCUGCUUCGCAUAUGGGACUUCAGCAACGUGUAAACAUGGGGAUGGUGGCGUCACCAUCAUCGUCUCUUAAUACCCCAGUGGGAUCAAGCGUGGCAUCCCCGGGAGGUGAAGAGGCCGCUUAUAGGGAGAAGGUCCGCCAACUCUCCAAGUACAUAGAGCCGCUACGACGCAUGGUUAUGAGGAUGGUUAACGAAGGAGAAAAUGUUGAAAAGUUGACAAAAAUGAAGAAUCUUCUGGAUAUCCUGUCGAACCCGAACAAGCGUAUGCCGUUGGAGACUCUAAUCAAGUGUGAGGUGGUGUUGGAAAAGUUGGACUUCAAACGCAGUGAGGGCGUUGGAUUGGGACUGGGACUGCCGCCACCUGGAAAGGAGCAAAUCUUCAAUCCACUUCUAGAAGUAGUGAACAACUGUUUGUCCAGUCCGCUCGCCAACCACACCCUCAAACGUACUUUUGGAUCUACGCUUGACGCCCUCAAUGGCCCUGAGAUCAAAAACUUACCGGCGCCACAGAAAAUUGCUAAAUACGUAGAACCAGUAUCAGAAAUACCAGAUGUAUUGCAAGGAGAGAUUGCGAGACUGGACUCCAGAUUUAAAGUUUCACUCGAUCCCUUACAAUUAAUGGGUGCUGAGGGAUGCAUAACACUGACAGCUCAGUUAGACGAUGCCCGGUUACCGUGCGUGGCCGCCGUACACGUGUCCGUCCCAAGAGAUUACCCACAAUCGUCCCCGGCUAGACUUAGGCCCAAGGCCACUCGCCCCGACCAGCCUCACCCCUUUUUGGCGAGAGUUGAACGCGCUAUGGACGCUCGGUGUGCCAAGUUACCAAAGCGCUGUUCAGUCGGUGAAUUGUUAAACGCAUGGGAGAUGAGCGUACGACAAGCGUGCGCACCCGCAACUGUUAUGUACACGCCCGUACCAGCAUUAGGACUAUAA